GUUCGCAGCCGUAGGAGAGCCAGGGAACCUUUGGCAACGCGCUGUUUGCCCGUAAUCUCAUUAGUGACCAAUCGUUUAGUUAACCUUUCUUACAAGGAUGGAAUUAGAGCCAAAGCCGCGCUUUCUAAGCUUUCAAGACCCAGUCCAAUCAGGUUCAGAGGAUGAUAACGCCUCACGUACUUCGGCGAGACGUUUGUCAGCGAUGUCCGAGGCAAGCACAACAUCGUCCUCGCGACGGAUUUCGGUAAUUCAGCCGGGACGGAAAACUUCCAAGUCGACCUCGUAUGUUUCGCCUUAUCGCCUAUGGCGGAGAAUGUCUGAUUCCAUACGCGAUCAGGCUGGGAAUAUGUUUCAAGGAGACGAAAAGAAACAAGAAGUCGAAAACACCUAUCGAAUGGAGCCAAAGAGAAAGUUUCCUGAGCGAGAAGUAAGGGAGAUUAUCAAAAACAGUUUGGAGGCGUUGCUAGGCGAACUGACUUAUUCAGGCUCGGAGUUUGGCUUCUUGACGAAGCUUCUGAGUUCAAGAAUUAUGGAGCAAGUGAAAAGUCUUAAUAUUGAGCGAUAUAAGCUUGUCUGUGUUGUCAACGUGGGGUCGAAGCAUAAUCAAGGUCUGAGAGUUGUGAGUAGAUGUUUGUGGAACCCGAAUUCAGACACGCAUGCCACAGCAAGUAUCGAAAAUGGCACGUUAUUCGCUGUGGCUACUGUAUACGGCAUUUAUUUCGAGUAACUGAACGAAAAUAAUUGAGAAGUAAGGGAUCAACAGCGCCAUGCCAUUUAAGACUUCAAAUUGAAGACACAAAAGAACAGCACGCUACGUCCAGAGUCUAAUUAAUCAUGACUUAAGUCAGUAUGUCACCCUGAUUCUUGUUAACUGAUAUUAAGUUCUGAACGAUUUAAAUGGAUCAUACUUCUUUUAUCGACCCUUCUUAGCGCAACAGCGUUCACAAACACCGCGCUAGAAAAAUAUUUUUUAUCAGAAAAGCUAUAAACUAAUAUGAAUGUAAACCAGCAAAACAUUGUUUCAAAUACAGUGUUUAUCUUUGUUACUAUGCACGCGAGAUAUUACAGUCUCAGCAAUAUGAAUGAUUAUUUAAUUUAUAUUCGCGAAAAAGAUAAAAAAGAAACAAACUAACAAACGCCAAAAGAAACUCAAAAGUCUGAAAAGAAGACGAAAUAUCAAUUUUUUGAAUGAUCAGAAUAGAAUUUUGACGUGACCAAAAAAUCCGCUAUGUAAAUUUUUUUUGCCACAGUUCGCUUCACUGACCCGGAUAAAUAAGAUUUGCAAACCACAAAUUAAACUACCGACAUCAGAGAUUUUGCAUCAAUAAACUUAGAACUACU